AUGCCGCCGAGACUCAAGAGUGGGUCACUGGAGGAGAUGGGAAAACAACUGUUUCUCGUGUUCAACUCUGCCCUCUUGUGGUGGUGGAGCUCAAUUGCAAUUCCCGGUGCUUGCUCGCAAAACCAAACCGACCGGCUUGCGUUAGCCUCCUUCAGAAAUGCGAUACACGAAGACCCAUUUGGAGUCUUGAGCUCUUGGAAUGAUUCGACCCAUCAUUGUGAGUGGCAAGGUGUUUUGUGCAGCAAAAGACAUCCUGGGAGGGUCACUUCCCUGGUCCUAAGAUCACAAGGCUUGGGAGGCUUCCUAUCUCCUCAAAUAGGUAACCUCUCUUACUUGAGGGUCAUGAUUUUACAGAACAACAGCUUCCGCAGCGAAAUCCCACCACAAAUCGGGAACUUGCUUCGGCUCCGUCUUCUCGAUCUUAGUAACAACUCAUUUGACGGGCCGAUGCCCUCAAAUCUUUCCCUUUGCUCGAAUCUCGAGACCCUGAAUCUCAUAGACAACCAGCUUGUGGGGACAAUUCAAUCCAAUCUGGGUUCUUUACCAAGGCUCUCUCGCUUGGGCUUAACUCGUAAUAAACUUGUAGGUCCCAUCCCUCAGUACUUUGGAAACCUCUCUCAACUGCUAGUCCUCUCCCUGGCAUACAAUGCUUUGAACGGAGAAAUACCCGAGGAACUGUCCAGACUCGAGAGGUUGGGAAAUUUUAUGCUAUCAUUUAAUGAACUAAUUGGGGAGAUUCCACCAGGGAUUUUUAACAUCUCUAGCAUUUAUUCCUUCGAUGUUGCUUCGAACCAGUUGCGUGGAUCCUUCCCCUCUGAUAUCGGCAUCACUCUUCCUUCUCUCAAAUUCUUUACAGUAGCCAAUAACUCGUUCACCGGAACUAUUCCAUCAUCCUUAACAAAUGCCACCAGCCUGCAGAGCAUUGCCCUUCUCCUGAAUAAUUUCCAUGGGCCAAUACCGAAAAAUUUGGGAAGGCUAAAGGGCCUCGGCUAUAUUGACUUGGAUGCUAACCAGUUGCGGGAUGACUUAAGUUUUAUUUCUUCUUUAGCUAAUUGUUCCCACUUAAACAGGCUCUCCGUAGAAUCAAACUUGAUUGACGGAUCACUCCCGACAUCCAUCUCCAAUCUCUCCACCAGCAUUCAGGGAAUUUAUUUGUCAAUGAAUCAGAUACAAGGAACUAUUCCUGCAACCCUCGAAAAUCUCUUCAAGUUGUCUGCCUUGACUUUAGGUGAUAAUUUUCUAACUGGUCACAUUCCUGAUGCCAUCGGAGCACUUUACAGCUUGAAACUUCUUGUUAUAAGUGGAAACAUGCUUACUGGAGAGAUCCCGUCUUCAAUUGGUAACAUGACCUUGUUAUCUCUCCUUCACCUUCAAUCCAACAAUUUCCAGGGCUACAUACCGCAAAGUCUGGGCAACUGCAAGCAACUAAUCGGGCUCAAUCUUUCAAAUAAUAACCUAACUGGCUCGGUUCCAGUCGAAAUCUUGGCUCUUUCUUCCUUGUCGAUCUUCCUCAGUUUAGCGCACAAUAAUUUAAGUGGAUCUCUUCCGAUGCAAGUUGGUUCUUUAAAGAAUCUCGCUGAAUUAGAUCUGUCCUAUAACAGAUUGAACGGCUUGAUUCCGGUGUCCAUAAGCGAGUGCUUGAUAGUGGAACGACUUUACUUAGAAGCUAAUUCUUUUCAUGGUCAAAUCUCGGAAGCUUUACGUCCAUUACGGGGUCUACAAGAGCUGGACCUUUCCAAUAAUAAUUUUUCUGGUCCAAUCCCGAGCUUUCUGGCAGAGCUCUCAUUACUCAAGUACUUGAAUUUGUCCUUCAAUGAACUAGAAGGACAACUUCCUGUGGGCGGAGUUUUUCUUAAUGCAAGUGCUGUAUCGAUUUCUGGGAAUAAGGAGCUUUGUGGAGGUGUUCCGAGUCUGAAGCUUCCUCUUUGUAAAUUGCCAACCUCAAACAAGUCUUCAACAACGAAGGCUUCAACAACGAAGGCCAUAGUGAUAUAUGUGGUAGCUGCCAGUUCAUUAUGUUUGGCUUUGUUGUUCUUGUCUAUCUUUUGUUACCGCAAAAAGAAGCAGACAACAACCGAUGCCUCGCCAUCAUCGUCCUUGGAUCACCAAUUCUUAAAGAUUUCUUUUAAAGAACUCUUGAGAGCUACUGACAGAUUCUCCGAAACAAACUUGAUUGGUAAAGGAAGAUACGGCACGGUUUAUAAGGGAAUUCUUGAAGGCGGUGCCACGGUGGCGGUGAAGGUGCUCAAUUUAACACGAAGAGGUGCUUUGAGGAGCUUUGUCUCCGAAUGUCAAACUCUAGGAACCAUUAGACACCGAAACCUUGUGAAGAUACUAAGCGUAUGUUCGAGCGUGGACUUUAAUGGCAAUGAUUUCAAAGCUCUGAUAUAUGAGUUCAUGGCUAAUGAAAGUUUGGAGGAGUGGCUGCACCCUGGGAUUAUAGAACGAGAUGAUGAGCACGGCGAAUCGAGAAAUCUGAGGCUAGUGCAGAGGUUAAAUAUCGCCAUCGAUAUAGCUACUGCAAUUGAAUAUCUCCAUAAGGGUUGUUCUCUUGCAAUCGUCCAUGGAGAUCUGAAGCCAAGUAAUGUGCUCCUGGACAAUGACAUGGUGGCUCGAGUUGGAGAUUUCGGGCUUGCAAAGAUCAUUUCAACGAUGUCUGUUGAAGCCACAGGAGUGCAGGGCCAGAGUAGCUCAACUUCAACUGCCGUUAGAGGAUCCAUUGGCUAUGUGCCUCCCGAGUAUGGCAUGGGACACAAGGUUUCCACACAGGGGGAUGCAUAUAGUUACGGCAUUCUAUUAUUGGAGAUGUUUACUAGGAAGAGACCUACUGAAGAGGCUUUUGGGAGCCAUCUUAACCUUCAUAGCUUUGUCCGAAUGGCUCUUCCGGAUCGGAUGAUGGACAUCAUAGACUUAAGGCUUUGGAAUGAAGCUGGCGAUCAAAAACAAGAGAUCAAGGUGAGAGAUUGCAUAAUCUCCAUAUUCGAAGUUGGAGUCGCAUGUUCAAUGGAAUCACCGCCCGAUCGGAUGGACAUGACCAAGGCGAUCAGGAAAUUAUGCUCAAUCAAGGCAAGUUACGAAACCAGAGAGAGGAUGACAGGUACAUAG